CUCUCUCUAUCUCUCUCACCAUUCAAUCACUCCCAUUCUUUUUUCAAAAUCUCUUUUUUCCCACUCUCUCUCUCCCUCUCUCUAGCUUGAAGAACAAGAUUGGUAUAUUUGUUACAACGGGCUGAUUUAUCAAUAUAUUUCACAAAUAAAGAAGAAGAAGAAGAAGAAGGGUGAUAUCUCGAAGAAAAUGGGGAAGAAAGAGCAGAAAGAUCAUCAUUCAACAGUAGAAAGCGACGACAAAGUCGAAGCUGUUCUGCAUCUCCUUCGUAAACAUUCUCCUCUCACUCUUAAACAGGAGAAGUUCUGUAACAGAGGUUGUGUCAGUAGAUUCUUGAGAACAAAAGGAGACAAUGUGAAGAAAGCAGCUAAACAGUUAAGGUCAUGCCUUUCAUGGAGAUCCUCUCUUGGCAUCGAGAGCUUGAUCGCCGAUGAGUUCACGGCGGAGCUAGCUGAAGGUCUUGCCUAUGUCGCCGGUCUUGACGACGAGUGUAGACCCGUUUUGGUUUUCCGCAUUAAACAAGACUAUCAGAAGCUACACACGCAGAAACAGUUGGCUCGUUUGGUAGUAUUUACAUUGGAGGUGGCAAUCUCAACCAUGUCCAGGAACGUCGAAGAAUUUGUCAUCCUUUUCGAUGCUAGCUUCUUCAAAUCAGCAUCAGCCUUCAUGAACAUACUUGUGACUACACUCAAAAUAGUCGCAGAGUAUUAUCCCUGUCGCCUUUUUAAAGCUUUUGUCAUCGACCCUCCUUCUCUUUUCUCGUACCUUUGGAAGGGUAUUCGUUCAUUCCUGGAUCUUUCAACGGCCACGACGAUUGUAUCCAUGCAGAAUUUCCAAAACUCGUUUGACUACGACGACGACUUCUCUUCUUCUUACCCCUCACGAGUCUCCUCCCUUCGUUUCGACACGUCAUCGAUAAAAUCAACUGACAAGAUCGGCUCUUGCGCAUCCUCUAGGUUCGCCUUCACCGUAUCUCGCGACGGUCUCGACACGGUCAAACCUUGGUGCCUCACGCUGACCGACACGUCAUCAUCUAAGCUAGGACACACAGGCGCGUACCUCUCGCCGCUAAACGCGCGCUCUUUCUCCUUCGCGUCACCCGCGGCUAGGCGCGAGCCUCUGGCUGGGGCCAGGAGAAGCUUCUUCGCUUCGACGCCGAUGCCAGCUAGGACGACCGACCGUCACUUUGUCGGAGGAAGCCUCCGCGACCCGCGGGUACCUCGCCCGUCUUUCUUCCAGUCUCCGGCGGUGUUUUUCCGGCGAGAGACACACGUCAGCAAAACUGAGAAGCCGCGAAGAGAUUCGUUCGUUCCUUUCCUCAAGUUCUAUCGUAGACCGUACGAUGAGAUGACUUAUAGGUCAAAGAUGCGGCCCCCACUCGGUGGUCUCGUCUCCAUAGUUUCUACUCAGAUUAGACGCCGGCACGUGUCUUUGUCUCAACGGUUCUAGCUUAUGAAGCUAUACACUCCAUUCACCCUCUUGAAGAAGUACGUAACAGUAUAUAACUUUUGUUGCCAUUUUGUUAUAAAAGUUCUCCAUUAUUAUUGUUGACUCUUGUUUCUAUCGUGUUAGUUCGUCACAUGUAUUUUUAAUAAUUU